AAGGUUCUUAGUGGGCCUGUUGGGAUGGAGAAAUUCAAAUGGACUUAUCCAGUGAGGCGUGUUUGUGAUGAUGCUGCAAUACUUGGAAUGUUUGAGCUCUCUGGUUCAGAUUUGAGUCCUGAAAAGGCUGAGUUUGUACCAAAAGGAGAGAGAUCAUUUGGGGAACCCUCUAAGGUUACUGAAUCACCGAAAUUGGGAUUGACUCCUUCCAGCUGCUCUGAGCUCUUUGCUGGUUCGCCUAAAUGUACCGAACCAAAAUCAAGUGUUGUUGACUUGGGAGUUGAUGAAGAUGCUAAGGUUUCAUACUUGCAGUUUCUUCUAUUAUUUUUUCUGUAUUACUUUUCACCCUUUUUUUAGUCGUGUUUAAAUUGAACCUAAUAUGUUGUGUCAUUUAAUAGUAUCCUCUCCUCAAAAGAAAGUCUGCUGAUGCUGUGGUGGAUAAGUUAAAUGAAGUGGAUAGUUCUGAAAAUUCAUGUGAUGAGGUUGA